AGUUGGAGAAUCUGGCCCCUAUCAAGCCUCUCAAAUGGACAUGGACGAGUCCUCUGGAAUGAUAUUUAAAGAAUGGCCAGAACCACAAAACAAUUUGAUACAAUGCAACGGCAUGGAAAGCCAAAUAACUAUUACGACAAUUUUUGAGGAAUCCGACCAGAGUGGGUGCUACCAGUUCAAGACCCCUGGCUUUGGUGGAGCUGGAUACCCCAAUGCCGGAGGUGGAUUACCGCACUAUGACUGCCGUUUCUUGCUCCGUUUUCGAGGAUCAAACGUCUUUGGAACAUUGACAGUUCCUUCUGACACCUUCGAUUUCCAGCCUGUGGUUGGGGUCUCUUGCAAAGACUUCCUUAGAAUAAAUAACUUAAUCCCAUUGACAGGCCAGCCAAAUGAUCCUGAUGAUAAUGCCCCCGCUGACACAGUGGUGAACUAUUGUGGGAUGCUUACGGGCGACAAAACAUUUAAUUUUAACAAGAGCAUGUUGACAAUUCGACUCAGAGGUGACGAUACGGUCAGACAUGAUGGAGCCGAAGUGAUUAUUUGUUUCCCUUGAAAAGGAAUAUCCUGAAUACUGCUUCAUUUUGAGUUUGGUGUAAAAUAACCACAUGGUUGGUGUUUCCCCAUUUUGUUUGAUCUUUGAAAAAUAGAAAAAAAGCAACAACAAAGUCUUCAUAUGAGCAUGCCAUAACCAACCUUCGGAGUCGCAUUGAGUUUUGACAAAAGGAAAAAGGGUAGCAAAUGAGAGCAUUUUCUGAAAUCAGGCAAUGCAAUCGAACGUUAUAAUGUCUUUUGCUGAAAACUCUCUAUGAGGCUCUUAACAAGGCAUAAUGCAAGGAGACAUUUACGUCAAUAACCUAUGAAUUUACGCAAUUCUGAUUUUAUAUCUUUUUCAUGGACCAGAAACCCCGUCGUUGAAUAUAUGAUUAGUUCACCACCUCUUCCACCUUUGGUGUCUUUUCGGUCUUUUCGCGCGACCAAAUCGUAUCCUGAUAGGUUUAGCUCCUUUUCACCUAUAUCCUUAUGAGUCCACGUUUCACCCACACAUAUUAGGUCCGGUUUUGUUACAGUUACUCUUGCUUUCAAAACUUGAAUUUUGUUGAUGAAAGAUUUUGUGUUCAGGUAGAGCAGGCUAAUGCUUAUUUUUGAGUCUGGACGAAC